AUGCUGAACUUAUUCCAAAUCUUCUUUCUGUUUGUGGUCUUCAGUCAGUUCAUUCUGGGGAUUUGGGGGAAUGGCUUUCUUGGGCUUAUCAAUUGCAUCCACUGGAUCAAGAAUAAAUUUUCCUUAUCUGACUUCAUCAUUAUGAAUCUAGCCUUCUCCAGGAUCUUCCUGCAAUGUGUGGUCGUGUUUGAUGCCACUAUCUUGGUGUUCUAUCAUGAUUUCUAUUAUGGAGUGACAUUAAGUCAGAUUCGUGAAACUAGCUGGACUCUUGGUAACUAUUUAAACAUCUGGCUGUCCACCUGCCUCAGCGUUUUCUACUGCCUGAAGAUUGCCAUUUUCUCCCACCCUGCCUUCCUCUGGCUUAAGUGGAGGAUUUCACAGGUGGUUGCCUGCAUUCUGCUGGGUUGUGUGCUCUUCUUUUUUGUCAGUACAGUGUUACUGAUUCAAAAAUUCAAUGUAUAUUCUGACCUCCUAAAAAUGAGACUCAUUACAAACUACACUGAAAAUGUCAGAAGGAAGGAAAGAGAAUUUUUUGUCUUGCACCAUCUUGGUCUCCUGUUGGCAGUGAUACCAUUCAUUUUAUCCCUGUUCUCUUGUCUCUUACUCAUCCUCUCUCUGAGGAGGCAUAAUAGGAUGCUGCGGCAUCAGGUCAAUGCAACCAGAGAUGUGAGCACUAAGGCCCAUGUGAGAGCCACCAUUGUAAUGUUUUCCUUCCUCUUACUCUUUGUCUUUAAUUUUGCGUUUAUCUUCAUUGGGACAGCAAGCGCUUUCCUGAAAGAUGCCAAGGUGAUAAUAAUGAUUACCUUGUUGGCUGCUCCUGUCUAUCCCUCUGUACACUCAUUUAUCCUCAUUCAGCAAAACAAAAACCUGAGAGAGGCAUUCCUGAAGCUGCUGUGGUUGAAGAAGGGCUGCAUGAAAGAUAGGGGCAGGGAAUCCUUUGCCCACUAG